AUGGCCCCUCCCGCUGCUGUCUCCCCUCCCUCUCGUUCUGCAGAGCUUGCUACAUCUACCAAGCUCCCAGUCAUGAGCAAGAACAUCAACACCAAGACUGUUGAGGAGAUGCUCGGUCAGUGGGAUGACUUCAAGUUUGCUCCCAUCCGUGAGAGCCAGGUCUCCCGCGCCAUGACCCGUCGCUACUUCCAGGACCUUGAUAACUAUGCCGAGUCUGACAUUGUUAUCAUCGGUGCUGGUUCGUGCGGUCUGAGCGCUGCCUACAUCCUUGGCAAGAAGCGUCCCGAUCUCAAGAUCGCCAUCAUCGAGGCUUCUGUUUCUCCUGGUGGUGGUGCUUGGCUUGGUGGACAGCUCUUCUCCGCCAUGAUCAUGCGCAAGCCUGCUGAUGCUUUCCUCCGCGAGGUCGGUGUUCCUUAUGAAGAUGAGGGUAACUACGUUGUUGUCAAGCACGCUGCCCUCUUCACCUCUACCAUCAUGUCCAAGGUUCUUCAGAUGCCCAACAUCAAGCUCUUCAAUGCCACUUGUGUUGAGGAUCUCAUCACCCGACCUUCCGAGGAAGGCAUCCGCAUCGCUGGUGUUGUCACCAACUGGACUCUUGUUUCCAUGCAUCACGAUGACCAGUCUUGCAUGGACCCCAACACUAUCAACGCUCCUUUGAUUAUCUCCACCACCGGCCACGACGGCCCCAUGGGAGCUUUCUGUGUCAAGCGCCUUGUCAGCAUGCAGCGCAUUGAGAAGCUUGGUGGUAUGCGUGGUCUUGACAUGAACCUCGCUGAGGAUGCCAUUGUCAAGGGAACCCGCGAGAUUGUUCCUGGUCUUAUUGUUGGUGGAAUGGAGCUUUCUGAGGUUGACGGUGCCAACCGCAUGGGCCCUACCUUCGGUGCCAUGGCUCUCAGUGGUCUGAAGGCUGCCGAGGAAGCUCUCAAGAUCUUCGACACUCGCAAGAAGCAGAACGAUCUGUAA